AAAAAUGUACACAGUAAUUGACUGGGGACUUUCGCGGGAAAUUUCUUUUCGUGAAAAAACCUGUGUAGGCUAUUUUCUACUUAAAGAGAAUUUUCGGAACGAAACGGAAAGAAAAAAUUUAACGCGAUUAUACUUUCUAGGAACGGAACGAAAAGGAAAAUUUUCCACUAACGCGCUGUAAACAUUGUAAGUACGCAUGCUCAGAAGCUUUUCCGUUCCUAUCCGUUCUGUUUCGUUCCUAUCCGUUCUGUUCUGUUCCCCGGAAAAUUUUCUUGAAGUGGAAAAUAGCCAGAUGUAUAACUCGAAAGAUUCAUUCAAAGCUGGAAACAUUUGGAUUUCAAGAUUUCUUAAAUAACUUUCCAACUAGUGAGGGUGUUUUGAUACAGCUACCAUGAACCACACAUUGGCCUGAGAAGAAUUAUUUCACAACGGUUCAAAUUUAUUUUAAAUUAUUAAGUUGUUUAAAGAGUAACAUCGAUUCUCAAUCCUGCGGUGGUCCAACAUUCACUUUUUUCGAAAGAGAGAAAAAAUUAUUUUAGUUCAAACUUUAUUUUUAAAUUUACAAAUAAAAGGCGUACGAUACGUUAACAGAUGUAGUGAUAGAAAUAAAAAGCCAAGAUGUUGACAGUACUACAGAGUAUACUGUGUUUGUCAAUUCUAAUGAUCUGCAAUUGUCAAAACCAUAGUUGUAGGGAUAUCAUGAAUAGAGAUAUCGUUAUGAACUAUACUUUAAGUAAAUUUAAAAUAAAUGAAUCUCUGCUGACCAACAAAAGCUUGUUCCAAGAAGAUUUUAUCAAAAAAAUACGUUUAGCUAUUUAUCAUUUAUCAAUGGAUACAUUGUGCGUACAGACUCCAUCGCAUGACACUUUGUAUGUUUGGUCACUGCGUGUAUUAUACGAAGAGAUUGCAAAAAACUGCGAAAAAAGUGGAGGAGAGUUUAUAGGACGAACAGGAAUCUGUUUUUUAUCGAAUGGUACGCACAACGUUUCCAUCCCAAUGAAGAAUUUGAUAGAUUCUAAGAUUUCUUAUGCUGUUGGAAUCGGUGGAAAUAUCUUUAGUACAAUAACAUUGAUUAUUUUGCUGGCCACGUACUUCUUGUUUUCUGAAUUGAGAACAUUGCCAGGUAAAAAUAUCAUGGCGCUAUCCUGUUGUGUUCUUAUAGUUCACACACUUCAAUUGGUGAUAACAAUUGGAAUCCAUGGUCGUUUUUGUAUUGCAAGUGGAAUAUUACUGCAUUUUGUGAUGUUGAAAAGUUUCUCGUGGAAAGUAAUAUCAUCAUUUGAUUUGUGGUAUACGUUUUCAAGGAAUUUCUUAAGAGAUAACCAAUGGAAGAAAAAGCAAUUUAAAUAUUAUCUCAUCAUCUCCUUUGGUUGUAGUGGUUCUGUAAUAUUUAUAUCACUAAUGUUGGAGUACGCAGGAAAUUGUGGAAUGGGAUAUGGCGCGCAUAAUCAUUGCUUCAUUACAAAACUACUUCCACAUUUUCUUCUUUUUAUCCUUCCAAUUUUGUUAAUCGUUAUAUGCAAUAUUUUCGCUCUAAUUAUUACCAUCCGAAACAUUUCUAAGGCUAAGAAAUCCACUAAAAUGGCUCACCAGUCUUCACACAAUGACGUCAUGUUUCUUUCAAGAAUGUUCAUCAAGAUAUCGAUAGUCAAUGGAACAGGAUGGUGUUUUGGGUUGCUUGGUGCAUUUAUUGCGUCUUCGUUUUGCAUGUAUAUAUAUCUCAUCGUUGUUAACUUUCAAGGAUUUUUCAUUUUUUUAGCAUUUUGCGUCAACAGAAGAAUAUUUAAGCUUUAUUGUCAAAAAUACAGACAGCUUAAAUCUAAUUAUACAUUUGAAAAUACUUUUGCAAGCUUUGGACACGAUGGCCACGAAACACAGGAUAACCACGAAGCACACGAAACGCACUAUGCACACGAAACGCACGAUAAUUACGUCAUACCGGAAGACAAUCAAGUGGAGUCUUCUAUUUGAUAUUUGUUUUUCUAUAAACACAACUGAAGAUACCACCAUCCUUUUGCAACCAAUCAAACCAACUAGCAAGUAGUAAAAUUUUUCAAAUUUUAACAAAAGUUUGAAUUACGUUGUUGGCCUGUGUAUACACAAGGAGUAGUGUACUACUACAAACUGCUAUAUAGCUCAGAAUGUAACUGUAAAAUGUUUAUUUUAAUUCCGUUGUUCAAAAA